ACCUAAACUAUCUAAGAUUCCCUUUCUGUCGUCCUUGAAACACCUAAAAGCUUUGACAAACUUAUAUCUGUCGUAUUGUUCUGGUUUUCUUUGCAUUACUCGCUACCUCUACCUUCCAAUUUCUUAUAAAUAUACGUCAAAUCCCAACAGAAUAACAUAAUACAAUACACCACCAUGUCUCUCUCCUCAAUUCUAUCUCAAACCCACCAUUAUUUCUCUGCUCAACCCACAACUACCCUUCUACUCUUCUUCCUCCUUUUCCUACUUACCUUCUACCUAUGCCGAAAACCCAACCCCCAAAACCUACCACCGGGCCCACCGGGCCUCCCCUUCUUCGGGAACCUUUUAUCUCUUCACCCGGACCUUCAAACUUACUUCGCUGCCUUGGCCCAGAUACACGGCCCAAUCUUCAAACUUCGACUCGGGAGCAAGCUCGCCAUCGUCGUAACCUCACCCACCCUCGCUCGGGAGGUCCUCAAAGAACACGACACUCUUUUCGCCAACCGCGACGUCCCCGUCGCCGGUAGGGUUGCCACCUAUGGCGGCUCUGACAUAGUAUGGACCCCGUACGGAGCCGAAUGGCGGAUGCUGAGGAAAGUGUGCGUGGUGAAGAUGUUGAGCACCGUCACCCUGGAUUCCGUCUACGAUCUGCGCCGCAACGAGGUCUGCAAAAUGGUGUCGUAUCUGUACGACCGAGCGGGGAGUGCGGUGAACGUGGGGGAGCAGGCGUUUCUGACGGUGAUGAAUGUGAUAACCAGUAUGAUGUGGGGCGGGGAGGUGGAAGGGGUGGAAAGGGAGAGUUUGGCGGCGGAGUUCAGGGAGUUGGUGGCGGAGAUGACGCAGCUGCUGGGGAAGCCCAAUGUUUCGGACUUUUUUCCCGGGUUGGCCCGGUUGGAUUUGCAGGGCGUGGAGAAACAGAUGCAGGCGCUGGUGCCCCGGUUUGAUAGGAUAUUCGAAAGGAUUAUUGGUGAACGAUUGAAAGUGGGUGAAAAAGAAGAUGGGAAAAAGAAAGAAAGAAAAGAUUUUCUGCAGUUUUUGUUGGAUCUUAAGGAUUCUGAAAGCGCUGAUUCAAAGACGCCAUUCACCAUGACCCAUGUUAAAGCCCUCCUCAUGGAUAUGGUUGUGGGUGGAACCGAUACAUCUUCCAACACAGUAGAGUUUGCGAUGGCAGAAAUAAUGCAGAAACCAGAGAUAAUGAGGAGAGUUGAAGAAGAGUUAGAAGUUGUGGUUGGAAAAGAUAAGAUGGUAGAAGAAUCUCACAUUCAUAAGUUGCCUUACUUGCAAGCUGUGAUGAAAGAAACUCUUCGGUUGCACCCUGCGCUUCCACUUCUAGUCCCACAUUGCCCUAAUCAAACCACCAAUGUGGGUGGCUACACCAUCACGAAGGGUUCUCGAGUCUUCGUCAAUGUGUGGGCCAUUCACAGAGACCCUUCCAUUUGGGAAAGACCACUUGAGUUUGAUCCUACGAGGUUCUUAGAUGCAAACUGGGAUUUCAGCGGCAAUGACUUCAGUUAUUUUCCCUUUGGAUCUGGAAGAAGAAUCUGUGCAGGAAUAGCGAUGGCUGAAAAGACUGUUCUGCAUCUUCUUGCCACACUUGUGCACUUGUUUGAUUGGACAAUACCACAAGGAGAGAAGUUAGAGACAGCAGAAAAAUUUGGUAUUGUUCUAAGAAAGAAAAUGCCUUUGGUUGCUGUUCCCACCCCACGCUUCUCCAACCCACACCUUUAUAAUAGAAUUUAAUAUAUUUAUUAUUCAUGCACCAAGCAUGGGAGUGUAUACUACAGUGAUAAUAGUUAUGUAACCAGCAUGUGCCUUUUCUUUUAAAUACUUCAAUAAAAUGCAACAAAAAUGCAUUUAGUUAUAGA